AUGAAACUCACCACCAUCCUCCUCACCCUCGGCCUCGGCCUCACCACCGCCCCAUCCACCGUCGUCCUCGCCGCCCCCGCCCCGGAGUCCAACUACUACCAACAAGCCAACACCCCGGACAUCGUCGACAUGUUCGUCAACGCCAACUACUACGGAGACAAGUACACCGGCUCCGCAUACGAAGGGCAAUGCGUCAACCUGCCGCCCAACUUCAACGACAACCUCAGCAGCGGCCGCGCCCGACCCGGGUACCAUUGCACGGUGUGGCCUGAUGCCAAUUGCCGGACCAACAAGUGGAACUUUACUUUUGACGAUCGGGGGUCUGGUGCAAGGUUCCCGGAUUGGAUCAAUGAUCGGGCUAGUAGUUGGCGGGGUUAG